AUCCUUUUCACAAUGAUUACAGCUUAGUAUCUGACAAGCAGGAGCAGGUCCUCUCUCUUUCAGGGGAAGACUAUCCGUAGGAGUCCAACCAUUAUCAAGAAUAUGUGGCACUAGUGCUUCAUCAGACAGCAGUUUUCUCAUAUUUUUUGUUUUUUACUUUCCUUAUUAAUGUUAAUUAAAAAGAAUAGAGAAUAAUAUUAUGAUCCAUGAGGAUGAAAAGGAAAAGGUAAAGAAUGUCUCUUUCUUUUUUCUUCUUUCUUUGCCCUUAAAGAGUGGUCAAGGUAGAGAAGGCUAGGGAUGGUAGAGAGAGGGGGGGAGUAAGAAAAAAGGGGGGGCAAGGAGAUAACAUUACUUUAAUGCAAAGUGGUAGAGAGAGGUAGGGUUAUAUAAAAAUGUUGGAGUUGGCCUUUGCCUAGUUAAGAGGGGGAGAAAGAAGAGAGAAAGCAACACAAGCUCCUGAAGAAACUGCAGGAUCUGGCAGUGUUUUGUAUGCCCCUUUUCAGCUUUUGUGUGCCACUAGGACUCUUGGACUAAGCUUCAUUCAUUCAUUCAUCAAAUCGAAAUUCUUCUGAUCUCUACCAUUGCACUCUGGCAUAGCAUAGCAUAGCAUAGAGGAAUAGAAGCAAUAAGAGAAGAAAGAAGAGAUAUGGGGGUAGGAGCAGCGUCCUCCAAGCUGAAAAGGGCAGCUAAGAAAAUGGUGGUGGCUGCAUGCACCUCCUUCUCUUCCAGAAAGCCACCUGCUCUUGCUGAUCCUUCUGCUUCCCUUCAUACCAACUCUAUCAAUAUCUCGGAUUCUAGCCUAGCAACGUUUCCAACAAGGACAAAUAAUAGCUUCUCAGGGGAAGGGGAAGGGGAAGAUGAUGAUGAUGAUGAAGAAGAAGAAGAAUCCAACACCAUCAUUAGCAAUAAAAAUAACAACAACGUGGCUUCUAAGAACUUGUGCGCAAUAUGUCUUGAUCCUCUGAGUUACAGCACAAGCAACAGCCCAGGGCAGGCCAUAUUCACAGCCCAGUGCCGUCAUGCAUUCCACUUUGCCUGCAUCUCAUCCAAUGUCCGCCAUGGUAGUGUCACCUGCCCCAUCUGCCGUGCUCGUUGGACGCAGCUUCCCCGCAACCUAAAUAUGCCUUGUUCCCUCUCCUGCAACCAAACUGACCCCAUUCUCCAAAUCCUUGAUGAUUCCAUUGCCAACUUCCGGGUCCAUAGGCAUUCUUUCCUACGCUCUGCCCGUUAUGAUGAUGAUGACCCCAUAGAACCUGAUCAGACUCCCAAUUAUCCCCGUCUAGACUUCUCUAUAGUGCCAAUCCCAUUGACAAUCUUUCACCAUCCUCGCACACAACAUUAUCAGCACCACCACAAUUUAACAGCAGGUUCCUCAUUCUUUUCACACCCACCCGCUUCUUAUGCAUGCACCUCCUCAUCGAAUAGGAUAUCUACUGCUGCCUAUCUCUCAGUAAAGUUGGCAAAUCAACGACCAACAGAUUUAAUUCUGGUUGCAAGCCCCAAUGGGCCACAUCUUAGGCUUCUCAAGCAAUCGAUGGCAUUGGUGGUUUUUUCUCUCCGACCCAUUGAUCGUUUGGCUAUUGUUACUUACUCUUCAGCUGCAGCCCGUGUGUUCCCUUUAAGACGCAUGACGUUCUACGGUAAGCGAACAGCCUUACAAGUCAUUGACCGCCUUUAUUUUAUGGGACAAGCAGACCCAAUUGAAGGUCUCAAAAAAGGAAUAAAAAUACUAGAGGAUCGUGCACACAAGAAUCCACAGUCUACUAUCUUGCAUCUCUCUGAUAGUCCAACAAGAUCAUAUCAUACUAUCAAUAUGCAAGUUCCUAUUCCCAUCCACCGGUUUCAUGUGGGAUUUGGCUUUGGCACUUCAAAUGGAUUUGUCAUGCAUGAAUUUGAAGAGUUCUUGGCAAGAAUGCUAGGAGGUGUGAUUAGAGACGUCCAGUUGAGAAUAGGGGAUGAAGCCAGGAUUACAAGGCUCGGAGAGCUACGGGGAGGUGAAGAAAGAAGAAUUGUGUUGGAAUUGGGCGAGUCAAAUUAUGUUAGUGUAGGAUAUAGCUACAUUGAUGGCGGAGUUGGUGAAUGCAACAGAACAGGGGAAACUGUGGUGACUCUAGGGGAAAAAUGGGAAGCAAAUGAGGAUGGCAGAGAAGCUGUAGCAGGGAGGGACUCCAGCAGUAUAUUUGGUGGCAGGAGUAGCAGUGUUGAAAGUUGGGAUUACCAUGACCCUUACAUGGCUAGAAGAUGGGCUAAACAUUUGCAUGGCUAUAGGAUUUGAGUCAAGCAAUACCUGUAGUUUAUAUCGACGGGGGAUUUCAGUGAUUUUCCGUGAGCCUCCUGAUAGUUUGAGCAAGUAGCCAACUAGCCGUGCUUAGAUAGUGGUUUACAGAAUUUAAGAAAAAAGUAGUUAAAUUUUGAAGGAAAAAAAUCAUACUAGGUGCUUUGAUUCAUUUA